AUGGCGUCGACGGCCGGGGCGAGCAUCAAGUACGCGUCGGCGCUCCACCGGAGGACGCAUAGGGUGACCUCCGCGCUGGCGCACGCGGCGCUGGAGUGGACCCUCAUCGCGCUGCUGCUCAUCAACGGCCUCCUCUCCCGCGCCGUCGCGCGCUUCGCGGCCUACUCGGCCUCGGCCCGCCUCGCCUCCUCUCGCGCCCGCGUCGGCCGGCUCUUCGGGGCGGCGCACGAGGACGAUGACGAGGCGGCGGGCGACGCGCGGUGGCUGCGGGGCGUGCUCUGCGGCGCCCACGCGGCCGAGAUCUCCGGGAUGGGGUACUGCCUCCGCCACGGCCGGCUCGUCGCCGAGGCCGCCGACAUGUGCGAGGGGUGCCUGUCUUCUUGGAACAAGAAAGAGAGCAGACACGGUGCAGGGGAGACCACGGGUGUGCUCCUGCUGCAAAGCUCUUGUGGAGGGAAUUUCUUCGCGCGCUACACAUCCGAGGGAAGAUCCUCCUGCUGUACACGACAAGACAGCCGGAGAGGAGGAAGUAGCAGAUGUGCGAUGAAGGACUUUUGCAGCAGGUGGUGUGCACCUCUUUCACUGAACUUUGGGUCACCGAGCAUGAUGCACGUAGAAGAAAAGAAAGAGAAAUUAUUUGUGAGUAUCGGAUUGAUAAAGCAAGUGUUGAUAGUAGUGGAGAUCAGCUAAGGCCACCUCAAAAAUAUUUUCUUCUAGAUAUUUUUUAUAGUCUUCAUUUAUAUAAUCUCUAACAACACUUCGGUGUUACAACUAUGUAACUUAUUUAUUAUAUGAAUUUGAUUUAAGAAAAUAGACUCAAGC